GGUAGAAAUAAUAAAUAAUAUCUAAAUUGUAGAAGAUGCAAGAAAAUUUAGAAGUUCUUGGUCAACUUUGUGAUUAUAUUCAGAAGCAUGAAACUCCUGCCCUUCAGAACCAUUUCAAAGCUUGCCAGACUUAUGCUAACUCUUUGCCAUUCGGUAGAGACAUACAUCAUAGAUUCAUCAACUACGCUUCUAAGAAAGGACAACAAGAUCAUCUGAAAUUGAUGAUGGCUUUAAAAAUUAUUCAAGGUAUGCUCGGUGUCAUCAACAAGAACCCUGAGUGCGAAAAAGGACUAGAAAAUCUAAUCCAAAGGACCCACAGUGAGUCUUUCAGUGAAAUUAUCAAUAAUUACAAAGAAGAUGAUCUUUCCCAGAAUUUAGAAGAUGCUCUUGAUGCUCCUAGAGAUCAUAUAUUUGAGGUUCUAACCUAUCUUACAAGAAUCCCAAAUGAAAGCCUGAACCCUGAACUUAACAAAGCAUCUCCGUCAAACCACAUGCUCCAAGUACAGAGAAACCCCAAUGAGAAAUGUCCUCAAGACUCUGAAACUGAGGUUAAAGAUGACCAAAAUAAUGACUCCAGCCCCAAAACCCACCAAAGAAACAUUUCUGACUCAUCCGAAGAAGACCAUGCUCCACCAAAACCUGAACAAGAGGCAAUCCCUGAAGAAAUCAAGUUAGACGAAAGUUUCGAAGACUCCAAGGAGCUGCCUCCAAAUCCCAGCCUCUCAGUCUGGCCUCCAAGCCACAGCCAAGCCAGAAAGAACCUUUCUUCUGACUCUUCAAAGUCUAGUUUCCAAAAAGAGCAAGAAGAACAGAAAGAAAGCGAUCAUUUCCAGCACCAAGCUAAUUCAGUUAGAAGCCCUAACUUUUCAGUCGGAUUUAACGAAGAGCAGUGGUCAAACCACUCUAAUCAUUCUGAUGAAGAAGAAAAGCACUUUUCAGAUGAAAGCUCUAAUUCUGUCGAAAUUGAUGAAGUCCAAGUUAUUAAUCUGGAAGAUUAUGUCCUUGGGCCUCAGAAGUCAAGGACAGUUUGCAAAGGGAUCCAGAACAAGUACAAUAAUUGAUUCAUGAUAGUCAUACUUCAGACGCUCUUCUCCAUCCCUGAGUUUACAGAUUGCUUAGAAGGGUAUAAAUCAGGACUAUUUCCGUCUCUUGGAAAGUUGCUUACUCUGAAAUUUAAGGAGAUGGUUAGGAAUAAACCAUUUACUUCUCAAAUUGAGAAGCUUUGCAAAAAUUAUUUCGGAUCUAAGACUCCAACAAUAGAGAUAGAGAAAUUGAGACAACUAUCUGAAAAAGAGUUCGGGCUAAAUGAGCAGCAUGAUGCAAGUAGAUAUAUGCUUCACUUGUUUGAGAGCUUACAGAAUGAGCUUAGUCCUGCUGAUGCCUCCUACCCAUCCUCAAAUCAUACCAAUCCUGUUGAUGCAUGGAAGGAAUACCAAGAGUCUCAUACUUCCAUCAUUGAUGAACUCUUUGUUGGAAUGUAUGAGACAGUCUUCAAAUGAGACUUAUGUACUAUAGAGAAAGAGGUUUAUGAAGAGUUCAAGAGUAUUCCUAUUCCAAUAGAAUAUGGCAGAAAUGGACCAACGAUCGAUGAGUUCUUUCAAGACUCAACAGAGACUUGAUUUUCUGAAUUCAAAUGAACAUUUUGAGACAAUCAAGACACUUGAGCAAUAAUCAAGAGGGUAGUCAAGGCUCCAAAAUAUCUUAUGUUGUCUAUCCAAAGAUUUGACCAAGGUUCCCAGAAAAAAAGCAAUGAUAUUGUCUUGUAUCCUAAUGAAUUCUCUUUGAAAGAACAUAAAGGAGAAGAUAUCAAAUACAGUCUAAAGGCUGUAAUCUGUCAUUCUGGAGGUCUAAAUUAUGGCCACUAUUAUGCUUACUGCAGAAGAGGCCUCAACUGGUAUUAUUUCAAUGACGAGGAUGCUUUCUCAUGCAGGUAUGGGGAGGUAGACCCAGAAAAUGCAUAUAUGUUGGUUUAUGAAGCCCAAAUAUAAUAUAUCAAUUUCUCUUG